UGUGUGGAAAUUGUGUUUCAGUGAGAAGAACAUGGACGAAGUUUUCAGUGUGUCUCCUUUUAAAAGGUAGAAACAAUAAAGUGUCAUGCUGAAAUCGAGAAAAAUUUAUAUUUUUAUUGAAAUAAUUUUGGAUUAAAAGAGACAGAGACGGAGUUAAAAUAUUACUUUCUGAUUCUAAUGAAACAAAAAUGCCUUCUACCUGUGGCGAUGUCGUCGAAAUUACUGUCACAACACCACAAACAGUGGUGGACGGAAUUUCAAGUACGGACAGUGUUGGUACACACAGCGAUGUUUCGGUGCUUACGACAAUUUCUGGUAGACCAAGAAUGGACGUUGCUUGUGUUCUUGAUUUACAUCAACCUGAACAUCUUGCUCAAAGGAAAAAAGCCUUCGAAGAAAUUAAACACGCUUGCAAUUUAGUGAAUGCAAAAAUGCAUUAUAUACAAUUCGAGAAAUUGGAUUUUGGUGAAACGAACGUAUUGGACACAUUUUAUAAUGCAGAUGUUGCAGUCGUCGAUUUGAGCGUUCAACUCCAACAAUCUGCACUUUUUUAUCACUUGGGAGUUCGUGAGAGUUUUGACAUGAAGGAAAAUAUUCUUCUAAAUAACGACACAGACGCUGAAGCCACAAUUAGACUCAAAUUGUCAUGUGGGAGUUAUACAUUUGUUUCCUAUCGUGUAAUGGAAUGUGGAACAUGUGUUUCAACGAGUCCAGCGGCGAGUAUUGUUACCGGUGAAGAAGUUAUUGAUCCGAAGCAACAUUUAACAUUAAAGCUGAAAAAAUUAUUUCAAGAUGUCGAAAUACAAUCCAAAGCUCACAUGAAGGAAAAAUUCUUGGCAGAUUUACGAAAAGCUCGCGACACUCUGACUGGUGAAGAGCUUUCGAAAGCUUUGAACAAUAUGCGAAAGCGUUUAGACGAUCCCAAUGUUCUUUCAGGAGAAGUUGUACUCAAUGUUUUAAUUUCUUUCCGUGAAAUUCAGGAUUACGAUGCAAUGGUGCAGCUUGUCGACGAUUUGAGAACAGUGCCGAAUCAUAAAAAUUCAAUAAACACUCCUGCUAUUCGUUAUUUGUACGCUUUCGCUUUGAAUCGAAGGAAUAAGGAAGGCGACAGAGAAAGAGCAUUGAGAGUCAUUGAGAAGGCUUUGGAGAAAAAAGAAAAUCAUGUUCCAGACAUGCUUUGCUUAUGCGGCAGGAUAUAUAAAGAUAAAUUUGUCGAAAGUCGCCACUCUGAUCACGAUAGUUUAAAUAAUGCAAUUCACUGGUACCGAAAGGGUUUCGAGGUCCAGCCGAAUGAAUAUGCGGGAAUAAAUUUAGCCACAUUGUUGGUGAUAGCUGGGAAUGAAUUUUCGAAAAGUGAAGAGUUACAGCAUAUAGGAAUGGUACUCAAUAAUCUUAUCGGUAAAAAAGGCAGCCUCUCGAGUUUGAAGGAUUAUUGGGAUGUUGCUACUUUUUUCGAGAUAAGCGUCUUAGCCGAAGAUUACACCAAAGCAAUUCAAGCUUCAGAGUGUAUGUUUAAAUUAAAACCCCCUAACUGGUACCUGAAGUCGACAAUAGGAAAUAUUUCUCUCAUUGACAGAUUUCGUAAAAAAAAUGAGGAAACCGAAACAACACCCGAAGAACAAAUAUUCAGCUUUUGGAUGGAUUAUUUUGUCGAAGCGACUAAAAGUGAAGUUGGAGACAGUAUAAGAUUUCCGAUUUUGGUUUUGGAGCCGACAAAAAUUCUAAUGCCAAGUUACGUGAACGUAAAUCUUGGCGCCGAGGAGAAAUCAAUACAAAUUUGGAAUUUGUGUUUGGAAAGUAUGAAGAAUAAUUGCAAGCAAGUUCACGAUUGGCUUUUUACUGCAAACAUGAUUCGCAGCGUGAGUUUAUACAAGCGAGAUGAGAGAUGUCUGUUUUUAUAUGUGCAUCAAAACUCGGAUGACUUCCAAAUGUAUUUUCCGUCGAUUCAAUGCAGACAACGGUUUUAUAAUCUUGUAUUGGAAAUGACGAGAGAUCAGGAAGGCAUGGUGACAGAUUUGGACGCUUAUAUGACAGGCGAAGGAAUGAAGUUUGAAUAUGAACUCGACGAGCAAAAUAAGCGAAUUAUUUUGGGUAAAGGGACCUAUGGAAUUGUCUACGCGGCUCGUGAUUUAAAUACUCAGGUCAGAAUUGCCGUGAAGGAAAUUCGCGAGAGAAAUUUAGGAGACGUACAACCGCUUCAUGAGGAAAUUAAAUUACACAGUCAAUUGAGGCACAGAAAUAUUGUUCAGUAUCUAGGAUCAGUGAGCGAGGAAGGAUUUUUUAAAAUAUUUAUGGAGCAAGUGCCCGGCGGAAGUUUGUCGGCACUGCUUCGCUCAAAAUGGGGGCCUUUGAAGGAAAAUGAAUCAACAAUUUCCUACUACACGAAACAAAUUCUCGAGGGCUUGAAAUAUUUACACGAUCAAAAAAUUGUUCAUCGAGAUAUAAAAGGUGACAAUGUGUUGGUCAACACUUACAGUGGAGUGGUGAAAAUAUCAGACUUUGGCAUGUCGAAACGUUUGGCUGGCCUUUGUCCGAGUACCGAAACGUUUACAGGGACGUUGCAAUAUAUGGCACCAGAAGUCAUCGACAAGGGACAACGUGGUUACGGUGCACCGGCUGAUAUUUGGUCCCUUGGAUGUACAAUUGUGGAAAUGGCGACGGGAAAACCGCCUUUUAUUGAACUUGGAUCUCCUCAGGCUGCUGUUUUUAAGGUUGGUUACUAUAAAAUUCAUCCAGAAAUACCGUCUGAAUUAUCGGAGAGAGCAAAAAGUUUUAUUCUUCGUUGCUUCGAGCCAAAUCCCGACGUGAGAGCAAAUGCAGCUGAAUUAUUGGAGGAUCCAUUCUUGACUGAAAAGAAAAAACCGUCCCGUUUGGCAGCUCCGCCUGAUUUUAGUAGAAGUAUAUCCGUGCCUGCUGAAAGGUUGGAACGACUCGGUAAAUGUGAUAAGACUAAUAACAAUCACAUUGUUCCGGCAGCGCCUAUUCAGGCCUCUCAAUCGGAUGACAGUGUCAUGUGUAGCGGAGGAAUAUCAAAGUCGAGUCCAUUGAGAGAGAGAAGUCCAGCCCACCUUCUAUCCCCCAUCCGCAUGCCUACUACUACGUCUCUUUCAUUUAACAGUAAUAUAGGCAGUACACCGUCCAUAGAAACAAGCGAAAGUGAUACUUCAGGUGCUUCUAUGACAAGAAGAAGUUCCUCGGGAGGAUUGUUAUCGCCAGAAGUUGAAAUUAAUGGACAAUUGGCACAAAAAGCUGGAGAGGAACAGGAGGGAUUUUAUUUAUUGAAAAAGGACAGUCAACGAAGAAUGACACUCACUCGCGUUUUGAGUCAAGAUGAAAAGAAAAUUUGUGAAGUUUGGAUGAAGAGUAUUCAUCAAGACGUUGGCCAAACUGUUCUUCGGAUGGGCCAUUUGGAGUUACUAAUGCGCAGCUUGAAGGAUUACAUCUCCGAUCAGAAUCAGGACGUAAUAACGACAGCAAUCCGUACUUUGAAGGAGGAAUUGGAUUUUGAUUCGAACGCCAUCAAUCAUUUACAGCUGGCCAUUUACCUAUUUCAAACUGCAGUGAAUGAAGUCCUUCGAAUGCACAGCAUUAAGCCUCAUUGGAUGUUCGCUCUGGAUAAUCUAGUCAGAAAUGCCGUUCAAGCCGCAAUCACUGUUCUCUCACCUGAACUUGGUGCUAAUUUAAUGGGUCAGGAGAGAGUUCAAGCGUCUGGAGAAGGUCCUGAGGAGGGUUCCACUUCUGGAAUAUCGACAGUCAAUUCAAUAAAAUCACAAAAGACAGUUGAUUUAAUUGAAAAUAAAUAUUGGCGCGAAUAUCGUGAAGAAAUGGGAAAUUUAAAAGUCGAAAAUAUGAAACUCCUGCAAGAAUUGAUGGAGAGUCAAAAAAUUUAUCAAAAUUUAUUGCAUCAAGCAUUGGAGGAGCAGAGAAAUCAAAUUGGUAUUUUAACGCAACUUUGCGAAUCUAUUAAUAAAAAGAAUUGCAGGCACGAGUCAGGAUAUUUUUCAUCAAGUGCAGGAAAUGAAUCAACUUCUAUAGUUUCAUCACAACUACCUCAAAUUAAUAUUACGGAUAUUAAUGCUACAAUGACCACUGACACCAAACUUGUAGAUUGGUUGCAUUCUAUUGAUUUAGACGAAUUAUCGAUUGACAGAUUUUUAUAUGAAGAAUACACUUUCGAUAACGUGAAAUCAGAUAUAAAGAGGGAUGAUCUUCGUAAAUUGAACUUGAGAGGAGGCGUAGAACUGAGGAUAUGGAAAGCAAUAUUACAACUGCGUGAACAAGACUAACAUCUAAUAAACAUUAACAAUCAAGACCGAAUUUUACUAACAUAUAUUUUGUAAAAAAAAUUAUAUUUAUUUCACCAACUCAAAAAAAAAAAUUCAGUAAGUUUUGAAGAAAAUUUUUUUCUACUUUGAUCGCUUUUUUUUAAUCCAACUCAAACAUAAAUAUUAAUUCUAGAAUUUUUUGAAGAAACAAAAACAAUAAUAACAGUUCUUCUAAUAAUGAAUAUGAACAUGCAAAAAAAAAAAUUUCGUGGCGUUUCAACAAUCAAUUAUAUAUACAAAAGAAACACUGAAAGUAUUUUUUUACAAACGCACAACUCAGAUAAAUUUUUAUUUUAAAUAAUAAUUAUUUUUGUACUCCAAAAAUAAUUCUAGUCUAACGCAGCUUUGAAAUAUUUACAAAUUUAUUGUAAAUUGUAUUUUUUUGCUGUUACGAUUUUUGAGAGAUCUCACACACGAAUUUUUACAAUUCGUCCAGUGCCUUAUAAUGAAAGUUGUAAA